AUGACGAACCACACCAAAACGCCGUUUAGGGUGGUAAUCGCAGGCGGGAGCGUCGCCGGCCUUUCCCUAGCAAAUAUGCUACAAGCCAAUGGCAUCGACUAUAUCAUCUUGGAAGCCUACCCCAAAAUAGCGCCUCAAGUGGGCGCUAGCAUUGGUCUGCUUCCCCACGGUAACCGUAUUCUGGAUCAAUUGGGCUUGUUCGAGAAGGUGUUAUCGCACGGCUAUCCAAUUCUGUUCAUGGACCGCCAAAUGGUCUUGCAAGUCCUGUACGAUAACAUCAAGGACAAAUCGAAGGUCCUGACCGACAAACGUGUCACGAAGGUCGAGGUCAACGAGAAGGGCGUGAAGGCAAUUACAAGCGACGGAUCUGUGUAUACAGGAGACAUCAUGAUCGGUGCAGACGGCAUCCAUAGCCAAGUCCGGAAGGAAAUGUGGAGGAUCGCGGACGAAAAAUCACCAGGCAAUAUCCCCGCGUCAGAGCACGAAGCCGUCCCUUGUACCUACGGAUGCAUAUUUGGGAUUUCGAAACCGUGCGCUGGAAUUGAGCCUGGCGGUCUCCAUUCCAUUUUUCGCGUGGACAACUCAUACCUAGUGAACGGCGGACCCAACGGCCGGGUCUAUUGGUUCUAUUUCUUCAAACUGCCCAAGAAGGUCUACGGCUCUGACAUUCCCCGGUACACCAAAGAGGAGGAAGCCAAACUCCUAGCGGCAAGAGCCAAUGACAAUAUUUUGCCAAAUCUGAAAUUUGGCCACCUGGUCAAAGAAAAAAUCACGACAAACAUGACGGCGCUUCCAGAAUAUAUCUUCAAGAGAUGGCAUUAUGACAGGAUUCUUAAUGUCGGUGACUCUGCGCAUAAGGUUCACCCAAUCGCUGGACAUGGAGGCAACGGGGCUAUCGAGACUGCAGCCGUCCUGGUCAACUUGCUAGUCACAGCCUUGAAGAAAUCGACAUCAACUGGCUUGAGUACGAAGGAUGUGGACGAAAUCUUCACAAAGGUCCAGGACGUCCGCGAGAAACGGGCCGACACCCUAAUGGAGGCUUCGCACGAGCAGCAGCGCGUGGAGGGCAUGGAAACGCCCCUGAGGAAGUUCCAGGCGCUGUACCUCCUCCAGGUUGCCGGGCCUGAGGACGUCAUGUUCAACUUCUCUAGUAACAUUCCGUUCGCUGAGAAACUCGACAUGGUUGAACUUCCGCCCAAGCCGAAACUGAUUCCGUUCAAGGACGAGCUCGCGAGUGCGCCGAAAUCUAGAGGUAUUCAUGGCUGGAUACUGAUGGCGGUGUACGCUACGUGCGGCUUGCUCGCACAUUACGGCAUGUGGAUCAGAUCUGCGGAGUACGGGCUGGCGGACCAGUUUGCAAGCAUCAUAACCACGGGCGUCUUCCCCGACGAUCCGACUUUCCCUCUCAAGCGAACCUACACAGGCAUCGGUGCCAUCGACAACUACCUUACUUUCCUCUCAGCCGCUUACAUGCCGGGGCUCGCUGGCUGGGACAAAAGCUUCGCAACGCUGCAGAUGUACUUCCUCGGGAUGCUUAUCCAGCCUAUCGCCGUCUGGACAAUCGAAUCCUGCCGCAAACGCAACGCCCUAACUCUGCUGAGCAUCCCAACGGUCUGGCUCACGCUAGUCCAAUGGGCCGGCGUCGGCAUCUACAUGCCCUUCUACUACAUCGCCUACACCUGGAUCUCCGACCGCGAGCCCUACUGGUGGGCCCUCUCCCGCUUCGUCCCCAUCCACUACGCCAAAGCCCUCCUCCCCGCCAACAUCAUCGGCUACGUGCUCCCCACCAUCCUCAUGUUCCUCCCCUGGCAAGACCCCGCCACGAUCCAGAACUUCGAGGCCCUGUGGCAGCUCUCCCCGAUGUUCGUCCCGCUACUAACCGUCCUCUUCGGCGCCGUGCACAGCUGGCGCUACCCGCAAAAGGACGCCCACUUAACGCCCUACGCGAACGAAGAGCCGGCCGACCUGCGCGACCUCCAGCGCAUCUACGCCGUCGUGGGCGUGCUGGGCACCGCGCUGCACUGGGGCAUCCUGUUCAAGCUGCUAACAUCCACCGACGCGGCGCUCAGCAUCAGCUCUGUCUUCGUGCCGGACUUCCGCGCGGAGAAGAAGAGCCUCGGGCAGGGGAUCCAGGCGCUCUUCUUGGCGGAUUUCUGGGGCUUCUAUCUCGCAUCGUAUGUGUGGUGCUGCAGCGCCGUGUGGGACUUGAAGCGCGUGGGCCGGACGGUGGCGGAUGUGGGCAGGGCCGCUGCGCUGAUCUUGCUGGCGAAUGUGGUUGUGGGGCCGGGCGCGGCGAUGGCGGGCGUGUGGUAUUGGAGGGAGGGGGCGAUGGCGAGGACGACGGUAUCGAGCGGCAAAGCCUAUCGCAAGAUGUUACGGAUUUUCCUCCUCCUUGGAGCCAUAUUCCGUGUAUUGGAUUAG